AUGCGAGGGAAAUCUAUUUCUGGCCCAGAGGCUCCUGCUCUUGGCCCACCUACCACCAAGAUAGUCAAGAUGAGUGAGUACGAUUUGCAGAAGACACUAGCUCGAUAUGAUGUGGAGCGCAAGAAACGCCUGCGCCCUGAUGGACAAACUCAAUAUGUGGGCUUGACUGAUGAAUCCACGGACAAUCUCCAUUCGAACGGAAAUGUUGCGAUCGACAACAACCUGCUCGAGCAGAAGAAGACCCGAGUGCUCAUUGUGGGCGCUGGAUUUGGAGGACUGCUGUUCGCAGUGCGAUUGCUCCAGUCGGGGUUUCUUCGUGCAACCGAGAUCCUCUUCGUGGAUACCGCAGGUGGGUUUGGAGGAACGUGGUGGUGGAACAGGUAUCCCGGCUUGGCCUGUGAUGUCGAAAGUUACACGUAUAUGCCCUUGCUAGAGGAAACAAAGUACAUGCCGUCGCAGAAAUAUGUCACCGGGCCUGAGUUGAGAGAACACGCCAAUCGCAUUGCUGGUCAAUGGAGACUCCGUGAUCAGGCUUUGUUCCAGACCACCGUCAACAACUUAGCUUGGAAUGACCGGAAUUGUCAAUGGACAGUCCACGUCACCCCACAUGGCCAGUCACCCUCUGCCAUACAUUCCGAUUUCGUGAUCCUGGCGACCGGGUUGCUGAAUUCCCCGAAGAUCCCAAAGUUGAACGGACUUGAGACCUACAAGGGGAAGGUUUUCCACACCUCACGCUGGGACUAUGAGUAUACUGGAGGAAGCCCAAGCUGCCCAAUCCUGCAUGGACUACAAGACAAGACCAUUGGAUUUGUCGGAACGGGUGCAUCUGCCAUCCAAGCGAUCCCACACCUUGCGCAGUGGGCAAAGAAAGUGAUUGUCUUUCAGCGCACACCGUCUGCCGUUGAUUGGCGUCACAAUCACUUCACCGACCGCACCUGGUGGGCGAAAAUGGUUCAAGAAGGCGGCUCCGGGUGGCAACGAGAGCGCAUGGAGAAUUUCAACGCCUUUCUCUCGAGUGAGGACCCCCUCCCAGAAAUAGAUCUUGUCGAUGAUGGUUGGACCAAGAUGCAAUCUUUCAGUGUCCUCAUCGGGAGUCCCUCUGGUCUUGACCCGAACCAUCUGACGCGGAUGCAUCCAUUGGACUUGCACCGCCAAGAAGCGAUCCGCCGUCGCGUGGAAGCCACAGUGACCGAUCAAGCAACGGCCCGGGGGUUGAAACCCUGGUAUCCCGGGUGGUGCAAACGACCAUGCUUUAGUGACAAUUUUCUCCCAGCAUUCAACCGGCCCAAUGUUUCCCUAGUGGACACUCAUGGAAAAGGGGUCCGGACUGUGACCGAUCGAGGGAUCUUGACAGAUGGCCAAGAAUAUGGUCUGGAUGCCAUCAUUUUUGGGACUGGCUACAAUCUUGGAGGUAGUGCCGAUCGUGGGGAUCUGACUGUCACCGGACGUGACAACCAGGUCCUCCAGGAAAAAUGGCACAAAGGGCCGAAUUCACUCCAUGGAGUAAUGACCAACGGAUUUCCUAACCUCUUCUUUCCGGGUCCGUAUCAAACGGGAGCGUCAGCCAACCAAGUCUAUGUUCUCGAUCAACUUGCCGUUCAUGUUGCCCACAUCAUUUCGGAAGCCGGCCAGUUAACCUCGGAGCGAAACCCAAAUGUCACCGUUACUCGGUUUACUGUCGAGCCAAGCUCUGGCUCCGAAAGAGAAUGGACUUCCAAGGUUUUGAUGAGAGCGCGAGCCCUCGGGGGUAUGAUGAAUUGCACUCCGGGGUACUUGAAUCGGGAGGGGCUACAAUUUGACGAAGGUGAAGCCUUACUAGCCGCACACUUCAGUAUCUGGGGAGAGGGGAUUAGGAGUUAUGUGAAAGAGAUUGAGGAUUGGCGACAGACAGGCGGGCUGGUCGGACUUGAUCUUCAUCGACAAGACGUGUAG